CCGGCAAAAGUUGAGAUUUCAACUCAGAUCUCAGAUUGGAAGCAGUCUAUCUUGUUUACAUUGUGAAUUCUCGUACCCUUAAUGCGAUAAUAAAAACAAACGAUCGAAAUGCAAUCAAUUAAGCCAUUUGGUUUCGCUGUUUUAAGAGUCAUCAAUUGCGGCAUCAAACGAAAUCAUGCAUGCUCCCAAAUUAGCCAACAUAAAUCAUUGAUAUCUCGUCAAUGUCAUAUAAGCCCGGAACAUCAUGUUGUCGAGAAAGAUGCUGGAAAUAGUGCUGAAAAUCGGAGAAUGAAAAACAACUCUGAACAUUUACAGGAGGAUAUAGAAAGUAACUUAUUUGACAAUCAACAGCGAAUAAAUUUUCAGCUGGGAAAUAUGAAAGAUAAAGUAAACUGGCUUCGAUCGUCUAGCGAAACUAGAAGAAAUCGAUCGAAACAAAAUGAGUCCAGAGAACCACGUUUUAGUCAAUUAGACACUGAUACGAUUGGCGUUAUGGGACAGUACAAUAAUUAUCGUGAACCGAUCGAAUUGUAUGAUAACGAUCGAAAAUUGAAAUAUUACAAACUUUCGCGAAAGGAUUCUUUGUAUAGAGAUCUUCAACUUCUCAUCACAUCUCGCAAGCGAAGAGAGUUGAAGAAUAAAAUAAUAUUGGAAGGAAAGCGAUUGAUUGUUGAUGCACUUGACGCCGGCUUAUCUGCGGAUUAUCUUCUUUGCAAUCGGCUAUGCACUCUCGACGGGAUUCGAAUAGCAAAACCGACAAAGUUAGUCGAACUGCAAAGUCACCUAAUGCAGGAAUUGUCUGGGCUGGUUACGUGUCCCGGAAUUAUUGGUAUUUUUAAUAAACCACAAAACAUCUCCGAAAUGACAGUAAAAAAAGGAACUUCCUACUCGCUACCGAUUACUGUUGUGUGUGAUAACAUUCGAGAACCCAAUAAUCUUGGCAGUGUCAUAAGAAGCUGUGCCGCAGUUUCAGUUAAAUCGAUUGUGCUUCUCAAAGGGUGCACGUUUCCGUGGGAACCAAAGUGUUUGAGAGGAGGAACAGGUGGACAUUUUCGUACGAACAUAAUUGGUCCAGUGGCGAUAAAUGAGCUGGCAAAGCUUGUUCCACCAACUGCUUCGUUUCUGUUAGCAGACAACAAAAAUGAAAGGGAAAAUGGAAAUUUCGUAUUCUGUGAAUAUGAUGCGGCCAAUUAUUCCGAUAUGGAACAUAUGGUGUUAGUGAUUGGGGGCGAAGCUCAUGGAGUAAGCAGUGAUGUGAAGACGUUUGUAACAAAUUUGGCUGGCAUUGUUGGGAGCAACCAAAAAGCUAAUUAUAAGAUCCACAUCCCCCUGCAAAAUGGUAUCGAAAGCUUCAACACGGCAUCAGCUCUGUCUGUUAUUCUUUGUGAAAUAAGACGUCAAUUGAAACGAGACAAUGAAGAUUCACUGGACUGAAAAUCAAAUACUAUUUAGUACUAUUUUUAUACUCGAUAUACCAGAUACGUUUAUCCCCUCCCCUUGUCACUCUACUGAACUCGAGUCGAUAGCGAGUAGACAGUUUCUUAUCCUAUUUACCAUAGUAUUAAGUGAAUGUGUCAUGUGUUGUGAACUUGGAUAAAGCCUAGGUAACUGACCUAUUUUACAGCUGUACAUGGUUACAGUUGUACUGUGCGCAGCGCCAUAGACGGUUGGUGGUGGGUAGCAUGAACAAACCGAAUCAAAGCACUUGGUAAACGUUCUUUUCAUUGAUUUUCUCAUAAGUUAAUAACUCAUAUUGGGGGCUUCUUUGUAGUGUUUGAUAGUUUAGACGUUAAAUAAAAACCUUUUUCAUUGAAAUAUGUGGUGAAAAUUUCUUAUUGUCAGUUUGACAUACGGUACAAUGUACAACCAAAGUAUGUCUGUCAUGGUACGAUGGUACCUGUACAACGCUGUACACGUA